AUGUCCUCGCAUCCAGACACAGAGACUGAGCCCUCCCGGGCAGAACGAGAACGCCUCGACCGCGAGCACAAGGAAAAGGAAGCAAAAGAGCAAGCUACCCUGCCGUAUAAAUGGACACAAACUAUCGCCGAAGCUGAAGUCACUAUCCCAGUGCCAGCUGAAAUACGCGGAAGGGAUCUAGACGUCGUGUUGACCAAGACAAAGAUCAGGGUUGCGUUAAAGGGCAAGGAGCCUCUUAUUGAUGGCUCAUUCCCUCACCCAAUCCACGUUGAUGAGUCCUCAUGGACGCUCGAGUCUGUAUCUAACCCACCCGGAAAAGAAGUGUCGGUCCACCUAGACAAAGUGAAUAAGAUGGAAUGGUGGCCUCACAUCGUCACGACUGCCCCGAAGAUUGAUGUCAGCAAAAUCACUCCAGAGAACUCGAAGCUGAGCGAUCUAGACGGUGAAACUCGAAGCAUGGUGGAAAAAAUGAUGUAUGACCAGCAGCAGAAGGAGAUGGGGAAGCCAUCGAGCGAUGAGCAGAAAAAAGCAGAGAUGCUAAAGAAGUUCCAGGAACAGCAUCCGGAGAUGGACUUUUCCAAGGCAACGAUGGGUUAA